AUGUCUAUGACGGAAUUACAGUUUUUGGUGUAUUGUUUCGGAUUGUAUGUGAAAUAUCAAUCGAUCAACGAAGACUUAUCUGCGAUAAAGUCGGAAACUAUUUCAAUGAAUAGAUACCCGUUUGUAUUAAAAUCCGAAGAACACAAAAGCAUCGAAGUGCGUCCAUCAGUCCGUAGUAUUGAACUACUUAAGAUGAGACAUCAGUUUGUCUGCCAGUUAGUUAGUGAUCUGAACAAAAUUUACAGCAUCCAAUUGGGAAUGUCUAUAUCUGUUUUGUUUAUAAUGUUAUUGUUUGAUAUCUACGAUGUUGUAGCCACCAAAUUGAUCAAAACUAAAACGCUUUUGUUACUGUACGGAUGGCUAACACAGUAUAUAUUCAGAUUUGCCAUAGUUAUACUGAUGUCACAUGUAACCACGAAACAGGGACACAGAACAAAAUUGCUUAUUACUGACAUACAUAAUCGUAAUUUAGAUAGCAGAACAAAAGAAGAGUUACGACUGUUUUUGAAUCAAGUAUGUAAUCAUUCAAUGGAGUUUACAACCUUUGAUUUUUUGACCCUAAAUACACAUCUCAUCACUUCCGCCAUAGUCGCGGGUACAACUUAUAUUGUUAUAUUAUUACAGUUCCGUUAA